AUAUUGAGCUGCGCCGCACGCCAUUUCCCCCACCUUGCUUCUGCUUCAACAAAACUGCAUUCCCUCGUCGCCGAACCUCGCGAAUAUGUCAUCGAGGCCUAAGCGCACUAGUCUUCAAGACCGCGUUCGUGAAGACCUGUUGUACCGACUGCGCUGGAAUGUCUUGGCUCCUCUAGACGACAUCAAAAUCCGGACGGGACCUGGCGAUUCGACAACUGACGUACCUCUAUUUGAACAUUACCUGGCCAAUGAGUCCAUCGCAAGCCCACCUUUUAGCCGUAUUGACGAGGUGUGCGUCGGCGAGUACCUGAAUAGAGUGGAUAUACGUUACGAAGAACAUGAACGGUACAAGCCACCGCCUGCUUUGACCAUCGACAAUGCGAAUGACAGUCCUAUCACAUUGGGGCAAUUUGCCAAAGAAACGCACGCAUACCUUAACCUUCACAUGGAAGAACUCAAGCUAGCCAAGGGCAUGUUGUUUGGAAAACCAAGCGGUGUGACCGAGGACGGCAUCGUGAUCAGAACCAUCAGCGACGAGCCUUACUCACCUCCUGACAUCGGGUUUUUCUUCAUGCACGUAGCUGCGAUCCAAAUCGGAAAGGUUGUGCGAUUCAGUACCCGUGUCUUCGCAGAGGGCGAGCGUUGGCGUACAACGGACACAUUCUGGGCUACGCAACUAAAGCAGGCACACUACCGUGAACAGCUACGCAAGAACCCAGGGAUGCCCGUACCUUCUGCACGUAGCAGAGUGCACGACGAAGAUAUACAAGAUGCUCUUAGGCAGGCAUAUCGCGAAUAGUAUUUACAAAACUAUUACAAAACUCAAACUUCACUAAAACACGUUAACGUAGGUGAUAAGCGAGUAGGACCUUUAAGCGAGUAGAACCUUUUUACUAAGACCUAACUAAACUUUAAGCACACUAUACUACCUUAACUAAGCAACGUAAAAAAGACUUUAAAUAAAAUAGAUAUAUAGCUUACUUUAUAAGCUAUUUAAUAAGAUAUAAUACUUAAGCUAUAAUAUACUAUAGCUAUCUUAAAUAUUACUAAGAGUACAC